CACAAAAUGUAUAAAAAAGAAACAUAAGAAGUUGGGGAUUUAGAGGCCAGAUAUCAUUGUACGCUUCUUUCCUGUUAACCAGUAAAUUUUUUUUCGGUGCUGCACCUUGACACAACAUGGCCACUCUAAAGACCACAGCAUUCAUAUUUAUAUACGUAUUCAAUCUAUUCGCCUUCGCCACUGCCUAUUUGAAUGAGGCUGCUCCGCCAUUUACAAUCUUGACUCCCAAAUCUGGCCAAUCUAUCAAGAGAGGCUCUAAUGUUACCGUCACCUGGCGUAUAGAACCAUACACCAGGUGGCCUAUAUAUGGGUAUGCGGCGGCAAAGUCCGCAAGAACAAUAGCCGGCUUACUCGAUAUCAACGCUCGUGGUACCGACCCUUAUGUGCGGGAGGUGGAUCACAAUGUCGCACUGACAGAGGGAAAUUACUCAUGGGUAGUAGGAGAUGAUGUAAUGCCUGGAGAGUAUCGCUUUGGACUUGGCUUUUAUCGACAUGAAGCCUCGCCUAUAUUCACUGUCGUUGACUAAGUCCAUCUUUGUUAAAAGGAAAGGAAAUCUAGUUGUUCUAUAUAGUCAUGCCAUGUAUGGUUGUAAAUAGUAGAAAAAAAAGAAAAAGGAUUACAAUAUAUUCCCCCCUCAUUCUCGAUAUUUUGCAACGGUGUUAAUUCCUGGCACAAGGGAAAUUAUUUUUUUGACGUUUUCAUCUCUUCCUGCUGUUACCUUUAUUAUAGUAUUUUUUUUGCGCUAAGAUG